UACUUAUGACGGUCUUAGAAGACCAUGCUUAUAAUGUUAUAAUUCUUAAUUCUUAUCACUUCCGAUUCCGAAUUUAAAAUUUUCAAAUAUCCAUUGGUACCUAUUUAUUAUUUUUUUUAAAUUUAUUAAACAAUAAACAAAUUAACUAUUUAUAUAAAGAUAUAUGUACUGGUUUUCAUUGUUACAAUGACUUUACAUUUUAUAACGGAUACCGAUGCGUCAGAUUCGAGUUCAGAUGACGAAGAAACUUCAGAUCGUUCAAGUUUUAAUGAAGAAGACAGUUUGGAGGAAGAUGAAGUUAUUGACAUUAAUGAACAACCAGUAUUUGAUAGCUCUAAAGAAAUAAAUUACAAAAUUAAAUACAAACAAACUUUUGAAGAACUCAUCGGUUCAAAUGAUGUCUACAUUUUAAAAUUGGAUGCACAAAAAAUAGGACAAUCACUAAGAGUAGCUACAGCACUAUCAAAUUUUACUUGUAAUAUCUAUGAUAUUGAUGCUGAAUGUAAAUCAAUUAGUACAUCUUUGGAGCAUGAAAAAAAAAUUGUUGAUGUCAAAUUUGGUUCAAACAAUACUCAGUUACCUUCCAUUGUGUACACAGGGUCUGAAGAUGGAACUAUUAAACUUUGGGAUUUACGUACUAAAGAAAAAUGUGUUUCUGUUUUUAAAGAUGAUACUGAUGUUGAACUGAAACCAUUGUCAUGUUUUGAUAUAUCUUGUGAUGGAAGAUUCUUAGUAGCUGGAACAGAAGUUUUUAAAGAAGAUGCUUUCUUAUUAUUUUGGGAUAUUCGUGCAACUAAUCUACUUGGUGGUUAUUGGGAUACUCACCAAGAAGACAUUACACAGCUACGCUACUGGUAUAUUACCUAUACUGUGUUCAUCAAGUAAAGGCAURGAAAACUUGCUAAAUUAUUUUUUGUCUACGCAUCCCCACCCUAUACCCUUCAAAGAGAAAGA